UCCACGCCGUGCAGCUUGCAGUGUGUACACAUCCAAGCAGAGGAAGUACAUCAGACGCUUCUGGAACCUGACAAGAAAACUUAAGAGCCGCUCGCCUAUCAGUCACGAACUCUAUACGCGUCUGGAUACUCUGGCAGCGGCAUUGUGAACUGUUACAAGCCAACACUGAACAAUCGUCCAUCGCUGGGUGAAAAAAGUAAGUUCUGAUUCCUGUGUCAACAAAGUGCGCACUCAAAGUUUGGAGGUUUUUACGCACAGGGAGGACUUUUGGAAACCAGUGUUUUCCUCAGUAACCAGGAAGACGAGAAGGGGGAACGAAAAGUUGUUUUGUAAAAGACUUUUUAGCUACCUUUGUUUUUGGUUCUUCUAUGUAUACCAAGAUGGAAACUACUUUCUAUGACGACUCACUCAACGCUUUCUCCCAGCACGACAACGCCGGCUACGGAUACAGCAACCCCAAAACGCUGAAACACAACAUGACACUGAACCUCACCGACCCGACGGGCUCUCUGAAACCUCACCUCCGCGCCAAAGCCAGCGACAUCCUCACCUCCCCUGAUGUGGGUUUACUGAAGCUGGCCUCCCCGGAGCUGGAGCGACUCAUCAUUCAGUCCAGCAACGGACUCAUCACCACCACUCCGACUCCGACUCAGUUUCUCUGCCCCAAGAAUGUCACUGACGAGCAGGAGGGCUUUGCGGAGGGGUUUGUCAGAGCCCUGGCUGAGCUCCACCACCAGCACAUGCCGGCCACAACUAAUGUGAGUGUCACCUCAGCCCCCCAGACCAGCGUCAACACUGCCCUGCCGCCUGUGUCAUCUGUCGCCGGUGCCACCGUUUACAACAACAACGCCACCAUGCGCUCUGACUCGCCCGUUUAUGAGGACUUGAACACUUUCAACCCCGCCAUCAGCACCGUCUCGGCACCAAGUUACACAACUUCAGCUCCGGCUAUGUCCUUCCCUGCUGCCCCGCCUCAACUUCCCAUUUACGGCCAGCCGUCUUCCGCCCAGCUCCCCCGGCUCACGGCGCUCAAAGAGGAGCCCCAAACAGUACCUGAGAUGCCAGGGGAGACCCCUCCUCUCUCCCCAAUCGACAUGGAGAGCCAGGAGCGGAUCAAGGCGGAGAGAAAGCGCAUGAGGAACCGCAUCGCAGCCUCCAAAUGCCGGAAGAGGAAGCUGGAGCGGAUCUCAAGGCUGGAGGACAAAGUCAAGACCCUUAAGUCCCAAAACUCCGAGCUCGCAUCCGCCGCCAACAUGUUGCGCGAGCAGGUGGCCCAGCUGAAGCAGAAAGUGAUGAACCACGUUAACAGCGGGUGCCAGCUCAUGUUAACGCAGCAACUCCAGACCUUCUGAGGCGGGGACCGCAGCGGUGGAGAGAAAAGACUGUAGUUGAAAGAAAUGGACGCUUCCUGUGAUAGUGUGUCUGCCUAAGCCAUGGCGGGAUUUGGGAUGAUGUGGUUCGACACUGGCAGGACCGAUGGGUCGCACUGAAGUUCCUAAAGUGCCACGCGCUCCCUGGUGCCGCGUCCUAGAGAUGAGCUCGGGAAAGUGACAGUAGCCAUGACCAGAGCUGACAUG